AUGGAAUACCAAAUUAGUACAAGUCAACCUACUGCUAUUAGUUCUGAUGAUGAAUGGGACCUGUUCGAAACAAGUCAAGAUGAUUCUGAAUCUUCGAAUGAAAGUAUUCAGGAUCCAGAAUAUCUAUUGACAUGGAAGUUUAACGAACAACCAAUAGUAUUAAAUGUUGAUGAAAUUACAGAAGAGAUUGAAGAAAUUGAUGAGCCCCGAUUGGUUAAAUUAGGUAGAGCGAAUGUGGAAAUUGUAUCUAAAAUUAAAUAUCGACUUGAAUUUGAAGAAUAUCUAGAGACUUCCGAGGAUGGAGUUGCUUGUGUAUAUAAUGUAGCCAGUAUGGAUACUGAAAAAGCUCUUGAGAUUUUUGAUCUUAAGAAUAUUCAGUAUUCAUAUAAAGAUGGAACUACUCAUGAAAGUGUUUUUUGUCCUUUCUUAAAUACAAAAGUUUACAAAGAAACAAGAACAUGCCGUGGUGUUAAAAUAUGUCAAUUUGCAGCACCUGAAUUAACCACAAUGACACAUAUAUCACACAUAAAGUACUAUGUAGGUUUGUUUCCUCAAACUGGUAUUCAAUGUAAUGGCAAACCUAAACUUAAUACGCAUUAUCAGGAUGAUACUUCUGUACCUACUUACUUUAUUGGUUGUGAGAAUUUUAAAAAUAGUGAACGUGGUCAUCGAUACCAAAGUUUAUCUGGACGCAUUAAUAUUGAGUAUUUAAAAAAACUUUUUCGUGAGCAUAUAUAUUAUAAUAAUGGAAUUACUGAAGAAAUUUCAGAUUCAAUUCGACAUUGUUAUAUGAUACUUCCUUAUAGUGCAAAAGCAAAAAAAUGCUCUUAUAUUCAUACUACAGAAAACAGUGAAGUUGCUCAAGGAUUAAUUCAAACAAAAUCAAAAUGUCCUGUUAAAUUUUGGCAUUAUGUACCCAAAGAUCUUGAAAAUUCAAUCCAAAAUGAUUUAAAAGAUAUAAUUGCAGAAGAGGAUAUUUUAGAUUUAACUGCUAGGAAAUUAAUUACUCGUACAUCGAUGCAACGAUUUCUUAAAGGAGUUCCACUUUCAGAACUACAUCCAUCAUUAAAUAAUAGAUCAAAAAUUGAGCAUAUGAUUGCAACAAAACGUCAUGCUGAACAUCCAUAUGGUCAAGAUAUUAUGGGUGUUGCGCAUAUACUUUUGAAACAAAAACAAGAUAAUGAUGAUGAUCUUUAUAUUAGAACUAUCUGUAGAGCGAAUGUGGAAAUUGUAUCUAAAAUUAAAUAUCGACUUGAAUUUGAAGAAUAUCUAGAGACUUCCGAGGAUGGAGUUGCUUGUGUAUAUAAUGUAGCCAGUAUGGAUACUGAAAAAGCUCUUGAGAUUUUUGAUCUUAAGAAUAUUCAGUAUUCAUAUAAAGAUGGAACUACUCAUGAAAGUGUUUUUUGUCCUUUCUUAAAUACAAAAGUUUACAAAGAAACAAGAACAUGCCGUGGUGUUAAAAUAUGUCAAUUUGCAGCACCUGAAUUAACCACAAUGACACAUAUAUCACACAUAAAGUACUAUGUAGGUUUGUUUCCUCAAACUGGUAUUCAAUGUAAUGGCAAACCUAAACUUAAUACGCAUUAUCAGGAUGAUACUUCUGUACCUACUUACUUUAUUGGUUGUGAGAAUUUUAAAAAUAGUGAACGUGGUCAUCGAUACCAAAGUUUAUCUGGACGCAUUAAUAUUGAGUAUUUAAAAAAACUUUUUCGUGAGCAUAUAUAUUAUAAUAAUGGAAUUACUGAAGAAAUUUCAGAUUCAAUUCGACAUUGUUAUAUGAUACUUCCUUAUAGUGCAAAAGCAAAAAAAUGCUCUUAUAUUCAUACUACAGAAAACAGUGAAGUUGCUCAAGGAUUAAUUCAAACAAAAUCAAAAUGUCCUGUUAAAUUUUGGCAUUAUGUACCCAAAGAUCUUGAAAAUUCAAUCCAAAAUGAUUUAAAAGAUAUAAUUGCAGAAGAGGAUAUUUUAGAUUUAACUGCUAGGAAAUUAAUUACUCGUACAUCGAUGCAACGAUUUCUUAAAGGAGUUCCACUUUCAGAACUACAUCCAUCAUUAAAUAAUAGAUCAAAAAUUGAGCAUAUGAUUGCAACAAAACGUCAUGCUGAACAUCCAUAUGGUCAAGAUAUUAUGGGUGUUGCGCAUAUACUUUUGAAACAAAAACAAGAUAAUGAUGAUGAUCUUUAUAUUAGAACUAUCUGCUUUUUUGACAAUAGUCAAUACUUAAUAUUAUGUGAUUAUAAAAGUCAAAUGAAAUAUUUGGCAAAUUCUUUGUAUUUUGAAAUAGAUAUGAGUUUUAAACAUGAACUUUUUACCUGUGUGGAACAAGAUUGUGGACAUUCUGUUGAGUUUCAACAUAUCCAUAGUCGUGAAAUUGAAUACAUUUUAGCUGAUGAGCAUUAUGGUCAAGCAUUAGGUUUGGGUCAAUAUUUAGCUGAAAGAUUUCCAAUUUUUAACGCUACUGAACAUUUAGAACGAAUUUAUAAAUUAUCAUAUGAAGUUAUGAAUACUCUUGAAUUUCUCGAACAUUGUGAAAUACCUGGUAUAGCUAAUUGGGUACAAGAUAAAAAACAACCAUGGAUACUUGCUGGCUUGUCUCCUGCUUUUACUAAAAUGGAGCAAACAAUUUGGACUAGUACACCAUUUACAACGAAUGCUGGAGAAUCAGCUCAUACAAAUAUCAACAGAAAUGGACAUAAUUUAUCUUUAUUGGCUGCUAUUAAUAA